UCUGCAUCCGGGGGCCGGAUGCUUUUUCUUGGCCCUGGUCGGAGCGGCGGUCGGGCUAGACGACAAGGGUGAUGGCGCCUCGGCUGGGAGCGCUGUGGGUCGCUUCGGUGCUUCUGGCAGUUGUUUCUGCCAAUGAAUUCAGUGUAUUAAGAGCGCCUGAAUCUGUUAUAUUUCGAGAAGGAAAUUGGCCAAUUCCUGGAGAACGGAUCCCAGAUGUGGCAGCCUUGUCCAUGGGCUUCUCUAUUGAGGAAGAUCUCUCUUGGCCUGGGUUAGCAGUAGGUGAUCUUUUUCGGCGUCCGCGAGCUACUGUUCUUGUUACUGUAACGGGGAUAGACAAGCUAACAAUGCCUAAGAAUGGAGUAUCUUACCCAGUUGAAAAUGCAGUUCCCUUCAGCCUGGAUGGGGUUGCAAAUGCAAUACAUACUUUAUUUUCUGAAGAAACGCCAGUAGUUGUCCAACUAGCUCCUAGUGAAGAAAGAGUUUAUAUGGUGGGAAAAGCAAAUUCUGUAUUCGAAGAUCUUUCUGUCACACUGCGGCAGCUUCGGAAUAGACUUUUCCAGGAUAAUUCCAUUCUUGCUUCCCUUCCUCUCAACUCAUUAAGCAGAAACAAUGAGGUUGAUCUCCUCCUCCUAUCAGAAUUGCAAGUUUUGCAUGACAUCACAUGCUUGCUUGCUAGACACAAACAUCUGGCCAAGGACCAUUCACCAGAUCUAUAUUCUCUAGAGCUUUCUGGAUUGGAAGAAAUAGGUAAAAGGUAUGGGGAAGAUUCACAGCAGUUCAAGGAUGCUUCUCAGAUUCUUGCAGACUCUCUGCAAAAGUUUGCAGAUGAGAUGUACAAUAUCUAUAGUGGGAAUGCAGUGGUAGAAGUGGUGACUGUGAAGACUUUUGAUACUCCCUUUGUGAGAAAAUCCAGAUCUAUUCUACAAUCCUCAGAGAGCAAGCCUGAAAAUCCGUAUAACAUAGGAUAUGCAUACAACUUUAACUAUGCUGUUGUCUUCAAUAUAAUUUUCUGGAUCAUGCUUGGACUGGCCAUAGCUGUGAUUGUUAUCUCCUACAAUCUGUGGAAUAUGGAUCCAGGCUAUGACAGCAUCAUUUAUAGAAUGACCAACCAGAAAAUUAGAAUGGAUUAAUUAAUCUUUAGAUGCAAAUCUAAGAGGAGAAAUGCUUCUUCAGUAUUCUGACAGCAUUCAAUAUGGACUCUUCAUAGUGUGAAUAUUUUUAUGAAGUACACAUUUGUGUUUUGUGAGGAUAUAUUAAAAGAUAAUAGUGGGUGUGGCCAAUGUGCAGAGUUGAAAAUGAGCAGUACUACACAACCAUGAGCUAAUUCUAAUUGAAAUAUAUAUUUAUUCUACCUUGUGACUGUGCAGUGUGCAUUUUGCUUUAGGGAUGCUUCUUUAUAUUGCUUACGACUAAUAGUCUUAUCAGUUUUCUUACACUGGAAGUUUAGGAUGUUUUCUUAAACUAUGUUAUAGAUGAAUAAAGUAAUUCAUGAUGUAAAUAUUUCAAAUGUUAGGAUUUUAAUCCUAUUAAGCUUGAUUAUCCAAUGUAAAAGUUUCUUUAAGCAGAGGUACCUUUUUAAAAUACAACUUUGCUGUACAUAUACGUAUAUUCACCCUAAAUGUUUAUUCAAAGUCACUAUGUUUCUUAAAAUGAUGAAAUUAUCUGAAAGAAGAGAAAUACACAUUGGUGCAGCAUCAGUAUUAAUAAUUGUAUAGUAAGUCACUGGAUUGAAUCAGUAGUCUCUGCUUUAUGAGUAGUGAAUUCUGAUGAAAAAUUAUAUACCAUGUUCUUUUGUCACGUGAUCAGUUAACAAAUGGUACAUAGUGGCCUGUGUUCUAUAGUUGACAUAUGUAUUUUAGUUCUUGACAUAUGCGGAAAAAAACAAAAAGGUUGAUAUUUGAGUGGAAUGUUUUAUUGGGCAUCAAAUGCUAGGUAUAACCAUAGCACUGAAGAUGGUAUAGGCCUUGGUAUCAAAUAGAAUCUGCUUGCCGUGCAAAAUUAAUAUUAAAACAAAUGUAAUGGCUUGAGAUGUUUGAAAGAUUGUUGUUAUGAUAACACUGCAGAUUCAUUUACUAUGAGGGACUAAAUAGAUGUUCUACUACAGAGAGUAUAUGGUAGUUAGCAUAGAGGGUCAACAAACAUUCCAUUUGUAAAUGUACUUAAUUAAAUGUUAUAUUAGUGUAUACAUUAAUAUUCUUUAAUUUAUGAGGUUUAGUGCAUUGGUAUACAACUGCUAUAAUAGGAAUGUCUAACUUUCUUCUAAAUCUUGUAGCUGGCACUAUGAAUAUGCUAGGUCUUGGUUAUUUAUAUUGUUCUAGUUAAACUAUGACAGUUGAAUUUUCAGUGAAUGUAAACACAUAUAGGUAAAAAAAUUCCCCAUACACACAUGACUGAAAAUACUUGAAUUCUAGUUCCACCAGGGACAAUCUUUCCCACUGUAAAAACAGAUUUUUGUUUUGUUUUGUUUAGCUAUAUGUUCAGAACUGUGAGUGAUAAUUUCUUUCUGAUGAAGCUGACCUCUUUUUAAAAAAAAUUCUCACAAUAGUUAUUGGAAGCAUGAGGGGGUUAGUCUGCAGAUCUGAAAUUAAUCUGAAGCUUGAGAAAAUAAAUAUUUAAUCUUAAACUGAUGUGUUUAAACAAGUUCCAAUUGGAAAACUGGUUAGUAAUGGAUUGAUAUAAUAGUACUACUGGUUUCUCUGUAGUAGUGUCAGUUUAUAAAUUGUUCAAUACCGAUAUGAAUAAAAAGAUUUGUUAGAGGUGAUGUCUAUAGGUUCUAAUAAUUCAUCUAGAGUGACAAUGUAAAAUUUUGAAUGAGAUUUGAAUUAAAAGAAGUAUAUAUUGAAGCCA